GCAGCGAUUUUUAUUUUCAGUAACUGGAAUGGAAUGAAAGGAUCUAUUUUGCAAAGUUCUAAGAUUCCGAGAGGAAAUUUUGUCCCCACUGUGCUUCUCUUCAUUACUCCUUUUUCGAUUUUUGGUCUCUUGCUGUUUGGAUUUUGAGGAAAAAAUCAAGAAAACCCAAAAGGAAAAUCAGCACCAAAAGAAAAAGCAGAAAACACAACAACACUCCUCUCUCUGACGCUCUUGUUGUUGUUUCCGAGAAGCCAAACACUUCCUUUUGGACCUCUACGUGAAAGUUCUAUCUUAAUAAAUAACCAAGGAUUCUGCUGCUGCUUCUUCCUUGUUUGGUUAUGGUGCUUGGUUAGUGGCCCUGUGUGUGUUUGUGUAUUAUCUCUCAGCUUCAGCAAUGGAGGACUCGGCCAAGUUGCGUUUGGUGAAGUGCCCCAAGUGUCAAAAGGUUCUUCCCGAGCUUGCCAAUUACACUGUUUAUCAAUGUGGUGGUUGUGGUAGUGUUCUUCGAGGAAAGCUUAAAAGUUCCGAAGGUGUUAGGUUGUGGGAAACCUCAGAUGAGGGACAAGGUGGAGGAGAUCAAGGUAGAUCAGAAAGUUUCUUGGGUAAAGGGGUAGUUGAUUUGAGUGAUGAUUCAGAUGUUGAUAUUGGGUCCAAUGAUGGUUUCUCAAUGGAGGGUCAAAGAAGGGAUUUGGGAAAACCAAAUAAAGGACAUGGGAGGUUUUUGGAUGGUUCCAUGGAUGGGGAUGAGAAAGGAGUUUUGGAGAAUGAUUUUGUGAGUAAGGACAAAAGGGGUAAAUCAAUUGGAAGAGACCAGCAGGAGCAGAAGUCUCACAUGGUAGGGGACCAAUUCUAUGGGAGAGUGUCUAAUUGGCCUUAUGGGGAGAGAGGUGAGAUGCAGGGGUUUCGGAGAAAGUCUCAAGCUGAUAUGGAGGGUGUCAGAUUUCCCACUCAUGGUUAUCCUGAUGAAGGAUCUUCAAAUAGCUAUUCCAGUUUUUCUUACAAUUAUGGAGAACAGUGGAGGAAUUUCAAGGACAUGGAUGGUGUGAAUAAAGUUCAGCAUCUUGAGCAAGAUAGAGCCGAUAUUCUAAGGAAGCUGGAUGAGUUAACCAGUCAAUUGAACAAGUCUUCUGAGGUGGUUGGUAACCCCAAAGAAAAGGUUCUUCCUGAUGGAAGAAUGGUUCCUCCAGAUCCUUUUAGUGGCCCUGAAACUUGGUUUCCUGAAGGAUAUGGAUCAUCAACAGCUAUGAGCAGAACCUCAAGACCAUUCUUUGGCCCUAAUAAACAUUUGCCAGGUCCCCCUUAUUUCAAUUAUCAUCAUGACCCAUAUCCUUAUGCAGCAGGUCCUGAAAUGGCUAAGCGCAACUUUCACCCUUCCAUGCAUAAUCCAAAUUAUGCUCCUGGAUAUGGGGAUCCUUUUGUAUCCCCAAUGAUGAGAGAUUCACAUCCUUUACCCCACCAGUUCCCACAAAAACCAAUUCAUCCCUACUUUCCUGGACGCUAUGCUGAUACUGGUCCAGAUUCAUAUGAUCCAUAUGCUCGUAAUGCCAUGCUUCACCCACCUUCUUGCUCUUGUUUGCGUUGCUAUAACAACAAAAGAAGAGAAUCAGUGCCUGUGCCACCUGCUGAAUUUGUUAACAGCAGAUUCCCUCACACCCCUGCCCCAAAUGAUCCUAUGUUGUAUGGUCAUGAGAUCCCAGGAGCAGUUGGUCCUUAUGUUCAGAAUUCUAGAGCUGCCAUUCCUCCCACUGGUUUACAUGAAAGACAACCUCGCACAAGAUGGCCUAGAGAUUACAAUUCUGAGAUGGGUAGGUUUGUUGGAAACCAUACUCGAAAAGUAGUGCCUUUGAGUAGUACUCGGCAAUGCCUUCCUAUAGCUGGUGCUUCUCCUUUCAUCACUUGUCAUAGUUGCUUUGAGUUACUGCAACUGCCUAAAAAGACACUGGUCAUGGUUAAAAAUCUUAAGCAGAAGAAAAUUAGAUGUGGAGCUUGUUCUUCUGAAAUGAAACUUGCUGUCGUCAAUAAGAAGCUAGUAAUUUCUCCUCAUUCUGAGAUGGAGGAAGCUACCAGAUCCACAAGGGUUGAUGAUGCCACUGGUGAGGUUGUGAAUAGUCGUGCAUUCCAUUCCCGUGGUGAUGUGAACACGAGUGCUGUGAACUUCUCAUCUGAUGAUUAUUCUGGUUAUGAUUUUCACUCAGUAGAUAGAGAAUCUUCUGUGCUGGCUGAAGACUCAACCUUAAAGUCGCGAGAGAGGCAAAGUUUCCAUUCUUCAUCUCCCAGUAUUUCUGAUGAUGAAAAUAUUCCAGAAAUUAUGACUGCCCCAGGUGGGUUCAUUCAUCAGCCAUCUAAAGCCUCUCCAUCUCCUUCACCUGGUAGUUCAUUUGACGACCAUGUGGUUAAUCGAUUAGGGAAAGGCAACCAAAGUAGUCGCUCAGAUCAAGAGCUGGAAAAAGUAGAAAAGAAUGCCUCAAGGCAAAAUUCUUUGAAAGAAGUAGUGCUUGCAACUGAGAUGGAUGUUAUUGAUUAUUCUAACACUGGGGUCUCCCAGGAUUCUGGUGAUGUAAGCAGAGAACAUGAUCAUCCUAGGUCUAACAAAAGGAGUGAUUCCUUUUUAGCAAACAUUAUUAAGAAAGAUAAUGGGAAAAGUAAUGUUACUAUAAAUGGACAGCCAAUACCAGAUCGAGUGAUUAAAAAGGCUGAAAAGUUUGCUGGACCAAUCCAGCCAGGAAAUUACUGGUAUGAUUCUCAGGCUGGAUUUUGGGGUGUCAUGGGGGGACCAUGUCUUGGAAUAAUUCUGCCAUUCAUAGAAGAGUUCCAGCAUCCCAUGCCAGAAAAAUGUGCUGGUGGAAAUACUGGUGUUUUUGUAAAUGGUAGAGAACUUCACCAUAAAGAUUUAGAAUUGCUUUGUCGGAGAGGACUCCCCCGCGAUGACAAUAGGUCUUACAUCGUUGACAUUUCUGGGAGGGUACGAGAUGAAAACACAGGGGAAGAGUUGGACAGCCUUGGUAAACUUGCACCAACAGUGGAGAAAGAAAGGCGUGGAUUUGGCAUGAAAGUACCAAGAACAGCUGCAUAACACAAGUGUAGAAAUAAAACUUCUGCAUGAGAACAUCUUUGUUCCACCCUUCAACAGAUUCGGAAACAUUGUUUCGGGUCAGAUCAGAUCAUGAGAAAAUUUUGAAAUCUUUUCAUGAUAUUUUUACUAGAAUUUUAUGAGAUGUAAAUUUGUUAUUCUUGUACUGAAAUUUUGUCAUUCUUAUAUGGUUUACCAAAACAAAGAGCAUAAACAAUUGUGUGCUCGCAGUCUUGUUUGUGGUCCAGAAUCUGAUGUGGAAAACAAUGUAAUAUAUUUAUUGAUAAAUUGGAAUGUAGUCAAACAUUUUUUUUCACAAA